GUAUCUGGGAACCACCGCGGGAGGAGAGGGCAGCGCCGGCGCCCAGCACCUGCCACGGGCUGAAGUCUGUAAACCUGGAGACACCUUCAGCAGUAAUCUCCAAAUUCCAAAAUGACUACCCUGCCCCCGCUGCCCAUGACACGCCCAAAGCUUACGGCCUUGGCUAGACAGAAGCUGCCAUGCUCACCAAGAACAAUUCCAAGGUCUGAACUGAUCAAAGAAAAAGGUGACAUAGAUCAUUAUCUGGAGGUGAAUUUCAAAGGAUUGUCAAAAGAGGAGGUUGCUGCUUACCGGAACUCGUACAAGAAGAACGUCUGUGUGGACAUGCUGCGGGAUGGUUAUCAUAAGUCCUUUACCGAGCUCUUCGCUCUGGCAGAGAAGUGGGAUGCCCUGAGGGAGGCUGCGAGGGUCCGAUCCCUCUCCUGGGCACAGAGACCCCUGGAAGAGCAGCCCGACAAGCUGGAUCACUUCUACUACUACCUGACCAGGGCUGAGACAGCUGAAAGGAAAGAAUACUUUGAAGAGGUCUAUAAUAACUUGUAUGCUCUGGCCUGUUACUUCAAUAAUUCUGAAGACAAGUGGGUAAGAAACCACUUCUACGAACGAUGUUUUAAGAUUGCCCAAGUAAUCAAAAUUGAUGGUGGGAAGAAGGAAGCUGAGGCGCAUGGACAUAUGGGGCUGCUCUUCGAGGAAGAUGGUCAGCUUCUGGAAGCUGCGGAGCAUUAUGAAGCCUUCCAUCAAUUGACGCAAGGGCGAAUAUGGAAGGAUGAGACAGGCCGCGUUCUCAACUUGUUAGCCUGCGAGAGUCUCCUGAGGACCUACAGAUUACUCUCAGACAAAAUGCUGGAAAAUAAAGAAUACAAACAGGCCAUCAGAAUUCUAAUAAAAGCUUGUGAAAUAGCCAAAGAAGGAAAUGACAGAAAGAUGGAAGGAGAGGCUUCCUAUUACUUGGGCUUAGCGCACUUGGCUGCUGGAGAGUAUGAGACAGCAUUAGCAGUCCUCAACACUUACGGCAAAAUCUCUACAGACCUGGAUGAUGAUCUCAGCCUGGGGAGAGCCUAUGAAGCAACGGCCAAGGUCCUGCAGAGCCAAGGACAGAUGGCAGAAGCAGUCAAAUACUUGAAAAAAUUUGUGAAAAUUGCAAGAAACAACUUUCAAAACCUGGAUUUUGUGAGAGCAAGUACAAUGCUUGGGGACAUCUACAACGAAAAAGGCCACUACAACAAAGCUUCAGAAUACUUUCAGCAAGCUUUCAACACAACAGCAGACAUAAUGAACGUAUCUCUGAUGGAUGAAACUAAAGUUCAUUACGGAAUAGCAAAAGCUCAUCAAAUGAUGCUGACGGUUAACAGCUGUAUAGAAGCUGCAGAUCUCACCAGCCUUGACUACCUGCUGUCAUGGAAGGACAGUAGAAGUGACAUUACACCUGAUCCAACUACCGGAGAGUUUAGAAGAUCCACAAUGGAAAGUUUAUAUCACACCUCAGAGUUUUCGGAAGAGGAAUCCAGUGGAUUUUCAGGUAAUCGAAAAAAAUGACACUUAAACCAGCUUUUGAUUCAGCAACAAAGGAAGAAGAAAUUUAUCAUACCACCUCAGUCUUCAAUACCUGUUACAGGAGUAUGUUACAAAUAAUACAGAUAGAGUUGUAAUAAAGAUAGGGUUAUAACAAAA